CCCCCGCACACAGCAGACCCAAAUCCCCCAAGUCUCCAUGGCUCCCAGAUCGGAGCACGCCGGCGGGAGCGCCUCGGCGGCAGCGGCAGCGGCGGCGGCAGCUGCCCAGAGCCACGGAUCCGGCUUCGACUCCAUGGACCCCUUCUUCCACGCCCUCCGCGUGGUCCCCUUCGCCUUCCUCCAGCCGCCGCGCACCCGCCUGAAGCUGCCGUCCAACCUGGCGCUGCCGUCCCCGAUGGUCGUCUUCUCCCUCAUCCUGCUCACCUACUUCGCCGUCGUUUCCGGCCUCGUCUACGACGUCAUCGUCGAGCCCCCGGGCAUCGGCAGCUCCCAGGACCCGGCCACGGGCGCCGUCCGCCCCGUCGUCUUCCUCCCCGGCCGCGUCAACGGCCAGUACAUCAUCGAGGGCCUCUCCUCCGGCUUCAUGUUCCUCCUCGGGGGCGUCGGGAUCAUCCUCCUCGACCUGGCGGUCGACCGCACCAGGCCCCGCAGCCUGCGCGUCUCCUUCGGCGGCGCCGGCGUCGCCGCCAUCGUCAUCGCCUACGCCAUGGCCAUGCUCUUCCUCCGCAUCAAGAUACCCGGAUACCUAUGGUGAGGCCGCAAAAUCAUCUCCCCAGUUCAUUAUGCCCAGAUCCGUCAUCAGAUCUGAGGAUGCUAAAGCUGCUGCUGAUGACCCUAGUGUACAAUUUAAGUUAUGUUACCAUAGGAUGUUUUGUUGCACUCGAAUUUCAGUUGGUGGUCUGAGGAUUAUCUAUUUCCAAUGAUACUAAAAUAGUUAUGUUCCUUUUUUUCUGAAA